AGCAGACGAGUUGCAGGUGCCCGACAAUGGCGACUCGAAAAAGAGCAGAAAAAUCACCCGAAAAGAGACAGAAUGAAUAUUUGGAGUCGGAAAGCAGUGAAGAGGAAGAGUCGACACAUGUCUCACUCUCAAGAUCUCCAAGGUCAAGGGCAGCCAAAUUACAUACAUCAUCAAUAGCUGCUAGUCACCUGCACAUCUCUAAUUUACUUUGCAAACCUAGGCAAGAAUCUAGAACAAGGAAAAGGUCAGUAAAGGUUGAAGAAAAUGAAGAAGACCAAUCAAAUUACAUGUCGUUAGAUGUACUAGCACAAGUUGCUACAGAAACACUUGAAAGUGAACCUAAAAGGAAUAAUAAAAAGACUAUGAGAUUGUUAUCAUCUUUGGAGAUUUUAAACCUAAAACAGAUAAAAACACUUUCAGACAAGUUUUUAGUCAACUUUUAUGCUGAAAUGUCAUCUAAUGAAAUGACAAGAAACUUCAUAUAUACAUGUUACUUAAUGCCAAGGAAAUGCCAGACUCAGUUCAGAAGUUUUGGAAAUGAAUCUGGUGCAAGAAUGAAGAUGAGGAAUCAUUUACAUAAACAUCUUGAGCAAUUAGUUGAUGAAGAGAAUGAUCCUGAUAGAAAAGAACGUUUUUACUUUGAAGCUGAACCUGUUCAUAUGAAAAAUAAAAGACUAGCAGAAAUGGCAGCUAGCAAGAAAACAGUAACCAAGAAAAUGAAAUUUACAGCAUUAAAAACAAGUAAAUAUGACAAUAUACCAAACACAACUACCCCAGCAGAAUUGAAGAGUGGUGAAGUAACAGAGGACAGUAGGGAUAGCAUGGACCAAAUUUCUGGUGAUGAAAAUGAUUCUUCUACAUUACGGAGAAGUGACAGAACAAAAACUAUAAUUAAACAGCCUAAUAAGGAAUUGAAACCUGGGAACAGGAUAAUCAAAGGAAAAAAUGAUGUUCAACCAGUGGAACAAACAGACAAGUAUUGCAGAGAAGAAACGGAAAGGAGGCUGGAAGAAAAUGAACAAUUAAUUAUAGAGCUCUUAAGUAGAACUCAGCCUCAUCAUGAUCAUAGCUAUACAACAGUAUUUGGAAGGAAGAAAAGUUUCUACAUGCGUGAAUUUCUAGGUGAAGCAGAUGAAGAAGUUGAGGUUGAAGAUGAGGACAACUUGAAAUUUUACUGUGGAAGAGAAAUAAUUAGACCAAAACGGAAUGCAGAACCUAUAUUAUGUCUGGGCAAUGUGUCUGUGAUGGAUGAAUUGUCUGGAUAUGGUCAUGAUGAAGCCUCAAAAACUAUAAUUGUGUGUUCAGAAGAAAUUGUUGGUGACAGAUCUGAAUCCCCCUCCUUAUUUGAAAAUCCUGUGACCUCUAAAGGACACAGUGGUCAAAGACCAUACCCACCAAUGCCUAAGUGCCCAAUAGCAAAGCAUGGAAGAAUUGCAAUUCCUGAAGAAUAUGAAUCUCUGUCAGAGGAAGAAAGAAGAAAUCGACAACAAUCUCCAACAAAUACAUGUAUUAUUAAUAUAGGUCCUCAUACACAGAAGAAAAAAAGGAAAAAUCCAAACGAACUUGAAACCACAGAAUGGGAGAGAAAAGCUGCCUUAAAAUGCAUACGAGAAUUAAAAGCAAGGAAGAGAGACCUUAUGUAUCCAUUAUAUUGUAAGAUCUGCACAAAUAAACAGUUCACAGCAGCUGCAACUCUAAUGUAUCAUUACAGAAGUCAUGCAGGAAUCAAGCCUUUCAUGUGCCUUAUAUGCAAUACCACAUUUACGAGACAGCAUAGCUUGAACUACCACAUGUUAAUUCACAACAAUCAAAGUAGAUUUACUUGCAAGGAUUGUGGUAGGAAGUUUAGACAUCCAAGUCACUUUAAAGAACACUUGCGUCGUCACACAGGUGAAACUCCAUUCAUAUGUGCAGAUUGUCCUCAAAAGUUCAAAACAAGAAACACAUACAAAAGACAUCUUAAAACAAGACAUGGCAAGCUUUUGACAGCUUCAGGUAUUAAAAUUCUAACUGUCGAAGAAUUUGCUAAAAUUAGGACAAAACCAUACAGACGAACACCAGAUAAAGAAGUAAGAAAGAUGGUGUCAGAAAUAAAAAGUAAACUUGAGAUGGUAGACAAUGAUUCUGAUGUUGAUAUUACAGAUGAGGACGAUGAUGAUACAUCUAUGCAGGAAAAUAGUAUUAACAUCAAAGAGGAAGAAAGUUCAAAUAAUGAGGGCACUUUGGCAGAUGGAAGUACAUUGUUUAUUCCAUUGGGUAUCUCUGUCAAUUCAUAGUUGUUAUAACCUGUCAUCAUUGUAUUAUGUAUAUAUUGUUGAUAAUUAUAAACAAGUUUUGUAUGAUUUUUGUACUACAGUUUUUUUUUUUAUAACCAAUGAAGUGCUAGCAGUUUUCAUGACUGUAGGUGAAUGAAUUCAAUCGAAUUAUAAAUUCAGAAAAAUGAAAGUAUAUAGCAUUAUCAUAAAUAUUUAUGUUAGAAUAUUAAUUCUAGUGUAUCAUGUUUCUAUUAUACAUGUAUUUGUCCUACAAAAUAUCCAGUUUACACAAAUUAGGACAAUCAAAUCUUCACACAGAUGUAAUAUUGUUCACAAAUUGCAAUGCAUAUAUUUCAUUAUAUUACAGUCUUAUUGAAAUUCAGCAUUUUUAGGAUUUUGUUAAUAUCAUUUUCAGAAGAAUAGAUAAAGAAUGGUAAAAACGUACAUCUAACAGGGGUCAAACAUUUUCUGGGUCACCCCUAAACAGAAACAUCUUAUUAACAGUUGAGCCAACUAAGAACAUUUAUUAGUAGAAGUCUAUUUUUUGCCCCUCAAAAUUGAUGAAAGCUAAUUAAUUUUCUGAAGUCUAGGGUUGAUAUGUAAAUAACUAUGUUCUCAGGGGGAAAAGGUUGGAAAUAUCUAUGUCUAAUAAAUUGAAUAGUUGCAUACUGGCUUCUCUCUUACUUAGUUUCACAUCUAGUGCUGUUUUGCUAAGCUGUCUUUUUUGCUUUUUGCCUGUCAUAUUGUUAGGAACUAUGUAUAAAGCUACCAACUGUUAACUUGGCACAAUUUUAAUUUCAACAUUUAUUUAUUUAAUUGAAAUAUUUGCAUGUAUGUCUUGGUGAUAAUAAACUAUGAAGGAAUCAUUCCCUCUGUAAAGUGAGUCAAAAUUGAAAUAUUCUGUUGGAAUUUUAUUACUUUAAACCAAUAUGUUUGACAAAGCUUAUCUUUUACUUGCAUGUAAUGGAAGGUUAUUUUUAUUUCAAGAAGAGCAAGUCUUAAGUACUGUGAAAAUUGCAUGAAGGCCAGCAUUAAAUUUAGUAUGAUUAAAAAAACAAAUGGCAAGAAUGAAUUGUUCUCGAUUCCCUUAUGAUCAUAAUGAUAUGUGAUUUAUAUAUUUUUAAGUAUGUUUUUUCAAGACAAACUAUCAUACUUAUUAAUGUUAUUGUGUAAUCUGAAGUUAUGGAUUUGAUUUUUUUUUAUACUUAAAGAUCUGUCAAAAUGCUUAAAAAAAGGAUGAGUUGAAGUUGAAUGGAAGAUAGAGUCAGCAGGGACUGUGUUUAUAAAUUUGAAAAGUGUUCAUCAAUAACGUUUAUAAUGAUAUUAAUUUAAAUAAAAUAUAUCAGCGUUGUUACAUUUUUGUAUUUAGUUUACUUAAAAGUGAUAUUUGAAACUAGUUUUAUUAUUAGAUUGGAAUUUACUUAGUUAAUCAUUGGUAUAGGAUUCUUAAUUAAUGCUGUUCACAGAGACUAUUUAUUAGUCAUAUUCUAUGUUACUAAGUACAUGCCAUGCAAAAGAAAUACUUUUUAUGCCCAGACUACUAUAGUAGGAGUGGACAGGUUGUUUUGGUAUGUAAAAAGUGUUGUUCAAUCCCCUAUACUGAUUGCAGGGUAAAGAGGUGGACUGAUUGAAUUAGAUAAUUUUGUAAAGGAAGACGACUGUUUUCAUUGAUCAUAAAAGACCUGUAAAUGUAAUUGUUUUUUUUUAUCUUUUUUUUAUAUUUGUUAUAAAAUAUUAUAUGUUAUACAUAAUUGAUUUGCAGGAAUUGAUUGCUUUUGUAUGUGCCUUUGCUUGAAGGAAAAUUGCUCUUUUUGAUAAGCAUUCUAAAAAGACAAUAACAAAUUACUUUUGAACUUUUAUUCAUAUGUUGAUAUUGUAUAUAUUUUUACAAGUUUGCAGAAUUUCGCAUUUGUAUAAGGUAUGGGAUGCCAUUAUAGUCAAUGCCACACUGUAGUUCCCAAUAGAACUAGACCAGCACUUGUAUACAAGUUAAUAGACAUUUUCGCAUUGAGUAGUCUCCCCUUGAUAAUGCAUUGUAUUUAUUUUUCCUAUACAGUUACAAGUGAGAAUACAAUUUGGUUUUGUGCAUUGUUAAGCUUUGACUCUUCUGCUUAAGGCAUCAUUUGUCAUACUGCAUGUUUCUACAUUGUUUCUGUCUUAUUUUAAAAACAUUUCUUCUUGAAUUCAGUAACUUGAUGUGCCACAAAACGUUUUUUUUUUUUGCUUCUUUAAGAAAUGUUUUAUUCUAGGAGUAAUACCACCAUUGUUUUUCCCCUAUUAGUCUUUGUUAAAUUGGCACUUUUCAAAAAAUUGUUCAAAAUUUAUCUUUGUUUCAAAUAAAGAAAUACUUAGUAUGAGUAAAGUUUUAUCCUGUCCAGUACUACAGAUAAAAUUUCACAUAUAACAUUUCAUUGCAUAUAAGACAAUAACCAUCACUGGAAGUUAGUCAAUCAAAUUUCACCCCCUUUUCCCCCCUGUUUUCAAGCUUUAGUAACCAUGUAACCUCAAGUUUCCAAAAUAUUUCAUAGAAACACCAAAUAAAAAAAGAAUGGUGCUUUGAAACACCCAAGAUUUUUUUACUGCGAUGAAAUGUAGGAUUAAUUUCCUACAACUGUCGAAUUCAAGGGAAUAUUUUUUCGACCCUUUUUCGUAUGAAACCGGAUUUGAAGUACUAUGAUUUGGUGGUAUUACACCUUCUAUAUUUGAACAACUACUUCGGAUUUAUUUAUUUUCAUGGAUUGAGGAGAAAUUGUAUUUUUCAUUUAUGUGUGAUUUCAUUGUUUUACCAAAGUCUGCAUACAAGCCUAUAGAAAUUUUGUACUUCGUUGCAAAUUGAAAUUCAUGGUUUACCUUUAUCCAUGAAAUGCAUGAAAAUUGAUAUCCCACGAACAAUAAUGAAUCUUCAUUAUAUGCCAUUUUAAGCCAGGUUCCAUGUUGUACAUUCUGUGAUAUUUAACAUGAUAUUUUCACGUUAUUGAAGUGUGUUUACCUUCAUGCUGGUCAUAAUAUGAUAACUUUGUAAAUACAUAUUAAUGAUAAUUUUUUUGUGCUUUUAUUUGAAGGUUGUAUAUGAUUUAUGAUAAUUUUACAUGUAAGUAAUGCUGAAAUUGCCAGACUUUGCCAUAACUUUUUAUUACUUAAGAAAGUUUGUCAUGGGUUCUAUUUGGAAAAUUGAGGUUUUAAUCAGCAAGAUAAUACUGCAAGAGUAUUUUUCAUAUUUGGGUAAAAUAAUAGAAAAUUGUCAUUAUCUAUUUUUUCUCCUAUUGUUUUUAUAUUUGUUAAUUGAUUCAUACUUGUAUAGCUGACCAAUACAAUACUUAACAGACUAUUGCCAAUGUGUUGUAUGCUUUUGAUGUAUUUAUAUAUUCUGUUUUCAGCAUUUAAAGAAAAGAUUUUUUUUAUACCCUAGCUCUGAAGGAGUGGGGGUUUGCUAGUUUACCUCUAUCAGUCAGUCAGUCAUAAUGUCCUAUGUAAUUUUUCUAUACAUCUAAGAAACUACAAAUCAGAGCUUCCUUACAUCUGAUAUCAAGCGUAAUGUGAGCAUCCUUUACUUGUGAUGCAUUUUCACAUCCUUCCCUAAUCAACUUCCUGGUUACUGAAAACUAACAUAUUUUUACACAUAAUGGCCAUGUAUGAAAUUUUGGAGCGUUUUUCUCAGAAACUACCAAUUAGAUCUUCUUGAAAUUAAGCUUAAUGUGAGCAUGUUAUACCCUGUGAUAUGUUUUUACAACCAUUGAUAAUCAACUUCCUGUUAAUUAAAUAUUUAUAUCAGAAUUAUCUAUUGCUCACAGUACAUCUUGUUCAAUAGUCCAUUUCUGUUGGCCUUUGUAUGCUAUUGUGAUUAUUGUUAGGGAAUAGAAAAAGAUGUUUGUUUCUUCCUAGCUUUCUAAAACAACUUGCCCUUUAUAAAAUGUCCUUGCCCUUUGAAACAGGUAUACUUAUGAAAAUAAAAUAUGCAAGUCAUGUCAUAUGUAAACUAAUCUAGAAGUCAGUUAUGGAGAGCACAUCUCAAAUUCAGAUUUCUACAAAAUCAUAUUUUGAACACUGGAUACAUUAAAUAGCACUACAAUUAUUAUGUGUCUACAGUCAAGUUGAUGGACUGUAUAAAUAUUUAUAAAGCUUUAUUACCAAGUACAAUAUGUUAUUGUAAAAUUUUUAUGACAGUUCAUCUUGUGCAAUUUUUAGUGUCUUUCCAUAAAUGUAUAUUAUUCACAAUUGUUUUGCAGUUAUAGAAUCUCAAGGAAUUUGGGUACUACCCAAAAUGAUAACAACAUUGUAUCAAAUUGGUUGAAUUCCAUUGUUAAGUUAAGUUGUUACCAAAUCACAAAAUUUUGGUGUAAACUUUUAAAAAUAUAAACCCAGAAUGUUUCAGAUUCUGAAAUAGUCAAUUAUCACCUGAAAUAUUUUAUUCUGAAUAAUUUAAAGUCACAUGGUGCAGUAUGAAGGAAUAACUGUAUGUUGUCUCUGAUAUGAAGUUUAUUUGAAAUUGGCAUGAAACAGAGUUGAAAUGCAAUUUAAGUGUUUCUUAAAGCUUUGUAAAAAUAAAUUUCAUAUACUGAUAACAGUUUAAGAUUAUAUAAAAGUGUCAGCAAAUUUAAAAUCAGUUUAUUAUUUUAUUGGCUGGCCACUUUAUUGUUGAUUUUUUUGUUUACAUCAUAUAUGUGAAAAAUGUAAAUUGUAAAUAGAUAUUAUAUUAUAUUUUUUUGAAAGUUGUAGGAAUCAUUUACUGAUAUACAGUGUAUAAAUCUCAAUAGAACAUUAUUAAAAAAAUCAAGCAUCAAA